AUGUCUUACUCUUCCAACUUUGAUGAGGAAACCGGCGAAGUCUUCAUACUCGAGAAGCAGUUCAACAGCGAGUCUUCUUUAAACUCAACUCAAAAUGCAAGACCGGAUUUUGCUCAGCAACUCACCCAUUCAAAUCUGUCUUCACUUCUAUCCAACUCAAAUCCCUCGGCAAAAUGGACACGAUCCCAUGGCUUCUGGCGAUCUUUCAUUGCAAUAUGCAUACCACUGCUUCUUUCCGCACUGGAAGGAAGCAUUACCAACACGGCACUACCCACCAUUUCUGACGCUCUUGAUUUGAACACCAAAUUCUCUUGGAUAGCGACUGCUUUCCUCCUGGCCAGUACCGUCUUCCAGCCUUUGUACUCUCAACUGGGAGAUAUGUGGGGACGCAAACGUCCCAUGAUAGCAGCCAUCGCUAUUUUCACUCUCGGUAGCGCAAUAUGUGCUGGAGCAAAAUCAGGUUCAGUGCUGAUUUUGGGACGGAUCGUUCAGGGGUUAGGCACAGGCGGAAUCGAUCUCUUCGCUGAAAUGAUCCUCGGCGAUAUCGUCCCAUUAAGGAAGAGAGGUCCUUAUCUAGCGAUUAAGCAUGUCGCUUUUGCCGUUGGGACGACAUUGGGGCCGCUACUCGGUGGUGUUUUUGCAGAACACGGAUGGUACUGGUGCUUCCUGAUCAACAUACCCGUCUGUAUCAUCUCGCUGGCCAUUUUGUGGUUUUGGCUCAGUGUUGGCGAAGGCGUCACUUGUGGCGAAGUAUCUAUCGGCAACAACCUGAAAAAGAUUGACUACAUCGGUAGUGGUAUACUGACUGGCUCUGUGCUUAUGCUUCUCGUUGCACUUAGCACUGGCGGCGCGCCCUGGCCUUGGAACCACCCAUCUAUCAUCACACUCGCCGUGCUCGGAACACUAGGCAUCAUCGGCUUCAUUUUCUGGGAACGCUCUCGCUUUUGUAAGUACCCGAUAAUGCCACCCCAAGUCUUUUCGAACCGUACGACAAAUAUUAUCUUCGCAUUGACCGUUAUGCAUGGAUCCAUAACCUACGGCUUCCAAUUCUACCUCCCACUCUUUUUCCAGGCCGUCAAAGGUUUGUCCCCUUCAAACUCUGGUGUCAAAGUUAUGCCCACGACACUUGUCGUCGUCGUCCUCGCUGCUGUCGGCGGGCCCAUCCUCAGCUUGACGGGAAGAUACAAACACAUCCACAUAGCUGGCUUCGCCUGCGUAAUACUGGGCCAGGGACUCUGCAUAAUGCUCAAUCACGGCACAUCCCCAGGUCUAUGGAUUAGCAUCCAACUCAUCAUCGCGUCUGGCCUUGGAAUCGUGAUUCCGACCAUGCUCCCCGCCAUCCAAGCAAAGCUCCCUGAAGCUAGUACAGCAGAAAGUGCAGGAUCAUGGGCCUUCCUACGCGUAACAGGAUCGCUGUUCGGUGUCGCGAUCCCCGGUGCAGUCUUCAACGCGCGCUUCACCUCACUCCUACCCAGCAUCUCCUCGCCAGCCGCCCAAGCAAAGCUCUCUCACGGCCAAGCAUACCAACACGCAACAGCCUCAUUCAUCAAGAAAUACGGAACCACGCCUAUCAUAAAUAGUGAGAUUGUAACCGCAUACACGCAAUCCCUCAGAAGCGUAUGGAUCGUCUUUACCGUCCUGGCCGCGCUAGGCUUCUGCAUCAGUUUCUGUGAGAAAGAGUACAAGAUGCGGACUGUGUUGAAUACGGCUUACGGGCUCAAGUCGAAGCAGAUGACGCCAAGCAACGGGUCGCCGGCGGGAAGUAGUACACCGGCUUCUUCGGCUGCAUCGACAGUGGUGGAGAUUGGAGGAGCGCAGACGCCUGUUAAGAGUGAGAGUGAGAGUGAGCUGGCUGGCCAUAAAAGUAAAGAGAAGGAUUUGGAGAGUGUAUUAUAA